AUGAUAGAAGUUUUCUUGGCAACAAUGCUGCUUCGAAGCGCUCUGAGCGUCGUUGCGCCCGCUCGCGGAUUGUCGUGGCGCAACAGCAGCGUGGCUCGGACAUUCGCAACCACUACUACUACUACUAGCAAUAGCAAGAAUAACAAUAGUGACAAUACUGCCACGAAGCACGCUCAUCAGCACAGGCAGCAGCAGCAGCAGAGCAAGAAGCAGGCCAGCGCAACCGCAGCCGGAUCAGCUGCUGGAGCCGCAGAGGCGCACGAGUCCGCGACGCGAUCUGCGCUGCUGGCACUGCCACAGUCGGCAUACUCGCUGCACCCACCAGCACGCACAUGGCAGACGGCCGCCGAGCGAGGCGAUCGGGACACGAGGAGGUCGAGGUCACCCUCGUUCAACGACAGCCCUGCCAAUCCGUGGCCAGCCGCGCGCCAGACCACGAUCGCCGAGUUCCUCCGCGAGAACGCCAGCAAGAAGCCAGACGAACUGGCGCCGCAAGCAGACCCCGCGCGGAUCCCGGAAGACAUGAUCGCGCUGUCCGGUCGCAUUGACUCCAAGCGGAGCAGCGCCAAGACACUCUUCUACCACCUCGUCCACGGCGAGCACCGUCUGCAGAUUGUUUGCACGGAACGCAGACACGAUCCGGAGGAGUUUGCGCUGCUUCGAACGGGCUUGCACAGAGGAGACAUUGUGCACGUUGUCGGAUAUCCCUUUCUGACCCAGAUGGGCGAGCUCAGCCUGGCGUCUGUGCGCACCCGCGUGCUGGCACCGUGCAUCCCGGACAUUCCCUUCAAGCUGACCGACCCCGACAUCCGAGCACGGCAGCGAGCGCUCGACAUGCUCGCCAAUCCGCAGCUGAUUCCGCGCAUGCUGAAAACUCGCCACGCCAUCUUCCGAUCCAUCCGUCGAAUGAUGGAUGCGCAGGGCUUUAUCGAAGUAGAGACGCCGUCAUUGUGUGCGCUUGCUGGCGGAGCGAACGCCCGUCCAUUCAUUACAAAGGCGCGAGCAAUCAGUGGUCACCCACUGAAUCUGCGCAUUGCGCCAGAGCUCUACCUCAAGCAGCUUGUGAUUGGUGGAAUCGACCGAGUGUACGAGAUUGGCAAGCAGUUUCGCAACGAAGGCAUGGAUGCCGACCACCACCCCGAAUUCACCACCAUGGAAAUGUACCAAGCCUACGCCAACUUUGACGACCUCUUUGAUUUCACCGAGUCCCUGCUCGUGUCAACAUUGAACGAGGCCAAGCAAGCGGACAAAGUGCUGGCUGGUGUCUUUCAACACCACCAGCGAGUUGCGCCCAAAAGCGAGGAAGGCUCGGAUCCUCUUUCCAUCUCCUACCAAGGUCAGACCAUCAGCUUCCAGCGGCCAUUCAAGCGCAUUUCCAUCAUGCCUGCGCUUGAAGAGGCUCUCGGUGAGCCCCUGCCAGAUCUCGCGGCGCCCACUGCGACCCAGGAUCUGAUCAACCUGUUUGAACGGCGCAAGUUCCACGGUCUGCCCCAGCCACCGACCAUCCCCAAGAUGAUUGAUGAGCUGGUGUCUUUGUUCCUCGAGCCGCAGUGCAUCAACCCCACCUUCCUUUGCUACCAUCCGAAGGCCAUGAGUCCGCUUGCUCGCGAGUCGCCCGAGAAUCCCGCAUUGAGCCUCCGAUUCGAGCUGUUUGUCAAUGGAUUCGAGAUAUGCAAUGCGUAUGCCGAGUUGAACAACCCUCACGAACAGCGCGCUCGCUUUGCCGAGCAAGCCAAGGUAAACCUGAGAUAG